AUGCAACAAGUGUCGAAUGCGCCCCUGUUGAAUGUUACUUGUUGCACUUCUUGCCGACCUUAUCAGAAGCAUCAACAACUUUUGAAGCCGCCAAAGAAGAAAUUGUCGAAAAAAGAGAAAGCUCGUCUCGAGGCUGAGGCAGCCGAAUCUGCUCGCCUUGAGAUGGAACGCGAACGCUUGCGAAAGAUUGAAGAGGAAAAAGAUCGUCAAGUGCGUGAAAAAAGAGAAGCUGAAAAGCGUCAAUACCAAGAAGUCAUUGAGCAUAAGCAACGAAAGCAGCAAUUAAAGGACAGUAUUGAGUAUUUGCUGAAAUUGAAGCAACAAUGUAAGGAAAUUCGUCGUCAGGAGAAAACAGAAAGAGAGUGGACUCAAUUUAUGCGUUGCACGGGACAACCAAACACUUCUGACCCAUGUGACUUGCGGCAGUACAUUUUUAUGUGGAAACAAGCGAUGGAAAAGCGAGAAAAGCAGGAAAUGAAUUGGUUGCUGCACACAAAUGCUCAAAGUGUCUUGACGCAAGAUCAAACGAUCCCAAAUAUGUCGUAUGAGUUUCUGCGAUCGAAGCAACCGAUUUUGGGAGAUUAUUACGCGCAACGUUUAACGGAAGUUUUGGGCAUUUUGAAAGAACUUGACAUUACAAUAACGGAAGAAGAGUUGUCUGAUCGAAUUAUGCAGGAAUUACAUGAGUUACAAGCCACAUUGAGAUUAAUGGUGUCGGAUUUUUUGAAUGAUUUUUCGUAUAAGAUUUUAUUGAACGUCAAAAGAGACAUGGAUCUUGAAGGCUUAAAUGUCGCUCAACAUAAAUACAACUCGGUUCACUUCAAAAAUCAAAUUUAUACGACGAUUGACAUGCCGCAACCCAUUAUCUUGAAUCCCAAAGAAAAAGCAGCACAUGAUGGAAAACACAUCGAAAUAAAUUUCGUUGAUAUCGGAGUGGAAGUUGUGCUGCCUCCAAUUAUAAAAUGUCACUAUUCAGCAAUACGAGCUUUAUGGGUGGAUUUUGAUCAUUACAGUGAUUAUUGCAUGACGAUUGAUUUGCCGUAUGUAGUGGAUUUCAGUAAGAAUAUUCGUCAAACGACAAAAGGAGAGUGGAAAAAACGCAAAGAAGUGUUAAAGAUGGUGCUUGAGGAAAUAUUAUCUGACAAGCCGGCACCUGAAGAGAACCCUGAUGAUCCGGAAGCAAGUGUGGCUCCACGCGAUUUAGAUGUCGACAAGAUAUUCACAGAUUAUGAGGAUGAAAUUCGUCGCGAAGAACGCAGGAAAAAGGGUCCAGAGAGUCUAAAAUUAAAAGAAACCGAAGUUAAUCUCCGAAGUCAUCGAAUAACGGGCGGAGUGUAUCACUUUGACUAUGUCGAGCAACCGCAACAACAUGUAAAGCUAGGUCCAAAAGCAUAUCUGCGUACAUUGCCACAGCCAGCAAAGCUGGUCAUGAAGGAUUGGCAUCAAUUCUAUGUUCCUCCCCCAGUACCAGAGCCUGGCGUUCGUCGUUUACCCGAAGAAAUUGAAGCAGAACUGAAAAUGGUCGAAGAAAAUUUUGAUAAACUUUGUCUCGUAACGCUUCAAUUACCGGAAACGAUCUUUUGGUUCGAACCUCCAAUCGUUUGUCGCUGGGAACCGAUUACUUCAAACGACGAUUUGCUAAAGCGACAAGAAACGCGAUUCCGAAGAAAGAAACAACCACCUGUGAAAGUCGUGGAGGACUUUAAUUUGUUGGAAGUUCCGUGUAAUAACCAAUUGCAAACACUCAUCGCUCAAUUUGUCAUUCCAAAGAUCCCAGAUGGGUAUGGUGUGAAAAUAAAUCGAUUGGAUCCGGAAACGUUGAAAAACGCCAAUGGAACAUCGCCUGUUUUGCAAGAUGUCGAAAUCAGUCCACAACUGAGUAACUUGAUCUAUGAAACACGUUCGCCAUCGUUUUUACAUCCUGGUUGUGGUACGAAGCGAAUUCUGCAAGUUGUUUCGUCCAAAGGCUAUUCCGAGUAUUCCGAGUCGUUCAAUAACGAAGGCAGCGAUACUUCCGAGCUAAAAGAGCAGGAACCUAUAAAGGAAGAAGUUCAGGAAAAUGUUUACAUGUUUUCAAAAUUCAUGCAAGAUUUGGAUGAAUUGAUCGAAAGUAAGCGUCCAAUUUUUCAACGAAAAAUCGAGUUUGAAGAAGUUGAGCCAGAAGCAGAGCCCGAAGAGGAAGAAGAAGAAAAACCGCCAGAAUUGUCGGAAGCGGAAUUGGCCCUCUUGAAAUUGGGUGGUGAUUUGGAUUUUAAUGCAGCACUUUUGAUGGGAGGAGGUGCAGGAAGUCAUUUAUUUCAGAAAAAAGAAGAAGAAAAGGAACCUGAUCCAGAGUCUGAAGAAGAUAGCGAAGACGAUUAUGACGAACUUGUUGAAGAUCAACCUCGUAAAGUUUUUCGAAGCAAGAAAAUUCGUGGUCGAUGGAUCACAGAUGACAUUCACGACAUAAAAUACAACGAAGAUAAGUUGCAAAUGCAAUUCAGAAUUGGAAAAUUGGGAGUAUAUGCGAUGGCUUCUCCUCGUUAUAGCAACAUUCCCUUUCAAGGAUGGGAUAUUAAACCAGAUUUGAAGAAUCCUGGCACGUUAAUAUUUUCGAUAACUGCUUCUAUCAUGACUGCUGAAUUUUCACUCAGUCCCGAAGGAGUCAAAUUGAAUGCCAUUCAAGGUGGAGCAACUAAUGCAUUACAAGACCACAUGAAUACUUGGUUUUCCAUUCGUCAAAUGAUCAAAGUUAUGCGUGAUGUGUCGGCAGAUAUUUUCCCGGACGAUGACGCUUUCUACUAUGUGGAUGGCUCCUGCGAGAAAAACUCUUCGAUGGAGUAUCACUUGUACAAUUGCAUGGGUACCAUGAUCGCUACCCAUAACUUUGCCUGGUCUCGCUGGAACACGCAUGUCGGAAGUCGAACUUGUGUCAUUUUGAUGCGUGAAAUUAUCGAGCAUCGCAAAAUUCCGCAUUUUUCGACGGUGCACGUAACACCGCUCAAGGCGUGCGUGGUUGACUGUACGGAAGUUGGUGCGGCAUUUUCUUCGCAACCUGUCGCUGGAAUGGAAUAUUACGCGGACUUGCAUCAACUGAACCAAGCGAUCACUCAACCUGCGUUAUUGGAGAAGCAAGAAAAAGUUGAUCCACGCUUGCGGGAUAAUUUUAUACUUUGGUUUAAGUCUAUUCGACCACUUAGUUUCUCAUAA